AUGGAUCACCUGCUGCUGCUUCUCAUACUGCUGUGGAGCUCAGGACUCCAGACUGAAGGAAAGAAGAACCCACUAGAGGUCAGGUUGGUGGGAGGAGACCGUCACUGUGCAGGAACCCUGGAGGUGAAACAUCUGGGAGAAUGGAGACCAGCGGUGGAUUCCUUCUCUGAAACCGGCUGGACCGAGGAUGAAGUACCGGCUCUCUGCAGAGAGUUGGACUGCGGCCCUAAUCUUUCUGUAGAAUGGGGAAGAAAGUCCGUAGACAGAUCUGUGUGGGAGAUGAGUUAUAUUAUGUUUUCCUAUAACAUUGAUCCGAUGAACUAUAUAGAAUCAGGUUCCUCUUCCUUCUUCGUGAAUCUCACCUGCUCAGAGUUCAGGUUGGUGGGAGGAGACCGUGACUGUGCAGGAACCCUGGAGCUGAAACAUCUGGGAGAGUGGAGACCAGUGGUGUUCAGGUUGGUGGAAGGAGACGGUCACUGUGCAGGAAGACUGGAGCUGAAACAUCAGGGAAAAUGGAGACCAGUGGACUGCCCCGAGUCAGUGUGUAACACCAAGUUCCUCUCCUCCUUCUUGAAUCUCACCUGCACAGACUCUGUGAGGCUGGUGGAGGGGACCAGUCUGUGCUCAGGCAGACUGGAGGUGAAGUCGGACCAGUCUACCCAGACCUGGUCCUCAGUGUGUGAACAGGACUUUGACCAGCAGGAUGCAGAGGUGGUCUGCAGGGAGCUUGGCUGUGGGGCUCCUUCAGUCCUCCAGGGGGCGCUCUAUGGAGAACUGGAGGCUCCAACGUGGACCAAAGAGUUCCAGUGUGGGGGCCAUGAGUCUGCUCUCCUGGACUGUAGAAGCUCAGAUAGAAACACCUGCUCAUCUGGAACAGCUGUUGGACUCACCUGCUCAGAGCCGGUCAGGUUGGUGGGAGGAGCCAGUCGCUGCUCAGGAACCCUAGAGGUGAAACAUCUGGGAGACUGGAGACCAGUGGGAGACUAUGAUCCAUACUGGACCCUGAAGGAUUCCAGUUUUAUCUGCAAAAAUUUGGACUGUGGCUCUGCUGUUGCUAAAGGACAGAGACAACUGUCCGACUUAAGACCAGUGUGGAUGAUCAGGUUUAAGGAGUGUGUUCUUUCUGAAUCUUCUCUGAGGGAGUGUUUGAUGACAAAUUCCUCAUCCUCUGUCAUGGAUCUCAACUGCACAGGUAAGCCUAUCACUGACAUCAUCUCUGACGUCAUCUGUAGCUAA